AUGGGAAACUUGAAUCUGAACGACACAUGCCUCUUAAAUGAACAGUGUUCUGGGAUAUCCGGCUCUGUUUGUGAAAACAAUACUUGUGCCUGUAAGCCUGGAUAUUCUCCACUGAAUGAUUCUGAAUGCAGGUUAUUGCUUUCAGAUGGUUAUACUGAAGCAAGUAUUGGAGUCCAAAAAGAAAAUAACGCAGCCAGUGUGAUAGUUGGGUCCAUUUUUGGUGGCCUUAUCUUAGGAGUUAUAUUAACUGUUCUUACAGUUUUCAUCUAUCAAAACAUACGAAACGGAAAAACUAAAACUGAAGAAAAAGAAUGCCGAGAGGUUGCUGUUUUUAACAACACUACUUUUGAGACUGAAACAGAUGCAUCUCAGAGAAUCCCUGAGGUUCAUCGUACUAAUGAGAGAAAAGUUGUAAAUGUGCCACCAUUUGCUCAUUCUGUUGAAUUUUCAACCACCAAGAACGUCCAAGAAACCAAUAAGAGUUUGAUGGUGAAUAGAGACGUGAACGUUGAUGUUUACAAUCAUAUGCAUGAAAAAGAGGAGUACAUUGAUGAAAACUAUGACCACCUCCAAGGAAACCUUGAUCAUGAAAAUGAAGAGAGUGACUACAGCAAUCUCCACGCGGGGGGAAUAUAUAUGGAACUCGACGUUUCCGCAUCUGUUGAUAACGAUUAUUGUUCACUGAAAAAGCAGUAAAGGAAGUAAUUGUUCUGAAUCUAAGAACCUUUUGUACUAUUUUUUAAAAUCUUUUAUUUCACAUUUCCCAUGAAUACCCAUUUACAAUUGCCAGUUAACCCGGGUAUUUAGGGAAACCAACAUAAAAACAACAAAGGA